AACGUGUAAAACAGUUAGGACAUGAAGGCUUCGCUAACUUCAUCUGCGUUGUAGUGACGGGCUGGACUUUCUUUACUUCCUUGUGAUUCUUAUGUGGGAGUUUGUUUGUUUUUUCGUGUGUGAAAGUGGCGCACAGUGACCGCGACUCUUGUGGCGGAGGCUGUUGUCGCGGGGGUAAAUGAACGCGUUGUUUAGAGCCGCGGAACAAAGAGCUUUUCUUCCCUCUGCCAUUGUUAGGGAACGGAGGAGCGCCUGUUCUCUGACUCACCCACAUCUGCUUUCACACUGGGAAAAGUGAGGGCCGGCCUGUACUCCAGUCAUGACCUCUGGGAAUGGAAACACUAGCAGCAGCCAACACAAUGGAGAGAGCAAACCAGCCCAGGCCUUAGUCAGGUCCCACGUCCUCACUCAUCUCAUUGAAGGCUUCGUGAUCCAAGAGGGAGCUGAGCCUUUUCCCGUAGAACGUCCAUCAUUUUCAAUUGAGUGCCUAAGAAGACACACAGCAGACUCAAAGAUGAAUGGCCUUUCACCAAAGGAUUUGAAAAGCCAACAGGGGCCAAUGCUGACCUGCGAGCUGUGUGGCAAGGUAGACUUUGCCUACAUCUUCAAAAGGUCAAAGAGGUUCUGCUCUACAUUGUGUGCCAAACGCUACAAUGUUGGCUGCACAAAGAGAAUGGGUAUCUUCCCAAACCGAAAAACAACCCUGGAGAACAUGAAGAAACAAAAAGUCCUAAAUGGAAACCAGAAAAACUCUGAUUUAGACUCUAAAAAAAAGAAGCCUGCUGCUGCUGCCACUGCUGCUCCAUCCACUGGUCACUCUGUCCACCCAGCACAAGGGGAAUCCAGUCAAUGUUCAGACUUGUCUGGCUAUAAAAACACUGCGUCCCCAAAUUCUGCAUCACAACGAUUACCCAUGGUUCCGAGCUCUGAGCUGCCCUUGCUGCCCCACGGCUUUUUGCCCAGUGAUCCUGGCCUGUGGAACAUUGAAGACGUCUACGAGUUCAUCUCCUCUCUGCCAGGUUGUCUGGAGAUCGCUGAGGAGUUUCGCUCUCAGGAGAUUGAUGGUCAGGCACUGAUGCUGCUGAAGGAGGAUCAUCUCAUGGGAACCAUGAAUAUCAAACUGGGCCCUGCACUCAAGAUUUUUGCCCAGAUCAGCAUGCUGAAAGACUCCUAACCCACCUCAAAACACACACCACACUCUCAAGGCAGCUGUGAACAAACAAGAUGUGCUCAGGAUCCCAAAGUUGGACUAAAUAAGUUAAGUUCUACUACGCCACAAGUGUUUUGAGUGUUAGAUAUAUAUGUUUUGUCUUUUGUCAUUGCCUGCUGAUCAAAAGCACAUCAGUGGGAACUGUGACCUAACAACUUCUUCCUGGCAGCACAACGUAAACCUCUACUGUGGAGUGUCUACCACCAGCAAGUUAUUAAUUAUUAUUAUUAAUUUACAGGUUUAUUUGUCAAACUGUAUUUAUAGCUGUAGUGUCACAAAACCUUGGAACUUUGCAAGAGACAGCUGGUCAUUCACAUGUCUUUACUGUGAAUGUUUGUAGUCAGGAUCCAUUUAAUAAUGGUGGAUUGGACAGAUGUCUUGUCUGCAACACUCUAGCAACAUUAGCAAACAUCGCUACCAAGUUAGCCUCGGCUUUUCUUUACUCACUGUUGUUAUGUGUCUCCUGUUCUUUAGACUAUUAUUAUUACAAGACAGAUAAAGAACUGAUGCAAAAGUGUUGUAGUGCUGCAGUUGUUGGGCAGACACUUUCCCACCAAAACUCUGUCAUGAAGAUCCACCCCCUGGGUGGAGAAGCCCUCUGCACACAGUUCAGCUGUAUUGUUCAUGUGUUGCUUUGGUUGUGCGCCUAUAAGAAUAAGAAACAUUUGUCUUUGUAAGUGACAGCUGUCCAGACAAUAGAAAUAGACGAUAUCCCCUGAUUGAUGAUUUUCUUUUUAAUUUUAUCAACCAGUGCAAAAACACACAACCACCACCUGCAGAUAUUUAUUAUCUGAUAUUUAUAUUUUUAUAUAAAUUACAUUCAUUGCAAACACACCAAAUCAACUGACUGUUACUUUCCUACCACGGUGCCUCCUUCACAUAGCUGGAAGACUCAAGACUCAUUCAAGGUAAUGAGUUCUGUGACUCAGCAUUACUCAUGUGCUUUUGACUUUAGGGAAGACUUUAUUAAUAGAAGCUCUAAGCCAGUUGUUUAGAGAAGGCUGCCUGUGUUUUCUCCUGUGUUAUUAUAAUGUAAUGUCACAUAGACAUUUGAUGACUGGAGACACUGUGUUUACCUUUUCAUGUUUUUAACCACAGAUCAGGUAAAGUCUAUGCAUACAGGAACCAUGGGCUGCCAUAAGUGCCUACAGUGACGGGUGGAGGCCGACUGUGUUACACUUUAGAAUACUUUCAACCAAAGUCCAGCUACUUUUCUUGCUAAACUGGUGCUACUGGAAAAGUGUUGAGGCAGCCAUGUAUCGUGCCACUGUUAAUGGUUUUUUAAAUCACUACAUGAACCAUCAAUCAUAAAGCUGUAUGUCAUUCAGGAUCAUUAUAUACAGUUGAACACAUCACUGUAGGGGAAAGAAAAAUACCCACUGUCUACCUAUGGUUCAAACACUAAGACAAUGCAUCUGCUUUAGAGAACCACUGUGAUGACCUCUGUAGUAGGUCACUACUGUGACGUGUUGUUGUUUUUUCACCCAAGACAGACGGUUAGUUAUAGACACUGUUUUCAUUUCCUUGAAAGAUUUUUGUUCAAUUUGUUUUGACUUAUUUUUUUACUGGAAAUAUAACCAUUAGUUAAAACAAAAAAACGAGUACUAUUAUUUUUCCUGACCAUCUGAAGUGUUUACAGACACAACAGACACCAGAAGUCCUGAAAAGAAAUCCCCUAAUGUGAAGUCUGAGCGGGCUAAUUAUGAUCCAACUCAACAUUUUGUCUCGUACGGAGGAGUUCAUGGUCUCAUGUCCCAGUUUCUUUAUUAUAAAACUAAAAAUAAUUUGCAUAAAGUGCUACCUGAUAGCACUUUGUAUAACACAGAUGUACCACAUUUGUUUGGGAAAAUUUAACCCUUUGAACUGUAGAAAAUACUCUCUUGUUAUAAGAAUAGUGAGUCAUUUUGACAAAAUUGUGGAAAAAUGGCAGGUGUUCAAUCAAAAAGACUAGUAUUGACUGUUCAUAUUGCAGUUAUUGAAAAAAAAAUUAGUAAACUUAAAUAUUACUAAGUUGAAUCUAAUUCAGUCCCUGAACUAGAGUUCAGUCUUUUCUCUACUGGAAAGAGCUGCUACUGGGAAAAUAUAAUGAAAUUGUGUUUUCUUUAACUACUUUGUAAACUUUGGUGGUAAAGCUCGAACUUCAUACAAACCCUUUUUAAUGUACUGUUCUGUUAUUGUGUAGAAAACAGAAAAAUAGAGGGAAAAAAAAUCUUCAGACAAAUUUGCUCAAGAUAAAACCUUAUCCUCCCAAGCAGAAGACAAUUAUUUUUAUUAUUUUUGGCUUCAGUUUAACAUGACCACACACCAAACCAUUCAAGUACAAUCCAAUCUGGUUUAGACUUGAAGACUCACAAGCGCAAUAAAUUAUCAAAUUUCUUCAUUAAGGCAGAAUCAGUAGUUCACAUCAAGUCAGGAUAAAAUAUUGGAUAAAGCCACAGACACACACAACAAAAACAUAGUGAUCCCAUCCUUGAUCAGAAAAUCAUGAUAUUUUUUUUAACCCUACGUUUACAUCUACCUCAUGUGGUGCCAACAAGAAUUAAAACAAUAUUCAAUUUGCUUUUCUGCACAUUAAGUUCCUGCUUUGUGUCACAAGGUUUAAAGUAGAAUGUGAAAAUUGAAGUUUACACUAUUUGGUUUAGAAGGAAACUGUAGUUCAUCCUAGAUAUAAUUGCUCUCAUUGAUAUCCUAGACUUCUUGGAUCUAUGUUAACACAGCUAUGUUUGAUUUUGAAUGUAUGUCGAGUAAAACAGGGAUCACAGGUCUUUAACCGAGUUUACACCUCUGUGUCUUGAAUUGCACUAAUUCAGAAAAUAAUACUUUCAGGGCAGUUCUUAUCUCAGCAACAGACGUUUUCCAAAGAAAAGAUCACUGGCAGCAGCUUUAACUUGAUCUAAAUAUUAAUCCUUUUUGUGGGGAAACAAUUUCCUAUAUGCCGCUGUUCAAAUCUGUUUUAUUUAAUCAUGAAUGUUUAACAUUGGAAGUAUUCAAAUCUGGGCAUUGACUUAGGCUGUUAUUUCAAGUGGAGACUGUGAGCUAAUAAUUCGUUUUUAUUCAUGCUACAGACGUAUUGAUUGAAAUUUAUGAAAAGUAAGUGAAAUGUUGAAGUGAUCCAUAAAU